AUGCUCGAGAAUCGUCUUCCCGCCCAUGACCCUGCCAGCUUCUCCAAAUUCAAUAUACUACCAACCCCCCUCACUGACGAGCAUGAUGAUGGCUGCAGUGUCACUAGCCCUUCCAAUCGUUCCGAAUCAUAUCCAUCUCCACUUCUUGUUGAUAACACAACGGUUUCAGAGUCGGAUACGUCCCUGCUGAAUACAGUGACGAAUGCGACGAGUGUCAGUUCAAUACAAUCGGUCGGAAUCUAUAGCAAAGACGUUAUUGGGGUCGAACCAAUAGGCGAAUUCAUGCAGGCAGAAUUGUUUGUUACCUACAUAUCCCCGAGUCCUUGGGAAUUCAUGGCUGAUAACGAUCGAGUUCAUCCAUCUAUCCAGAUACUUCAUCACCGUCGCUAUUUAAGUUGGGCUCGAAAAACCGUGAAAAGGAUAUCUCGUCGAUGUCUACAAUAUGCCGUGUGGACCCUGGCGUCGCUGCUCUCAGCACAAUUCAGACACCUUCAAGAAUCAUUCUACCAGGAAACUAAACGAUCGCUAGAGCACUCUUAUCUAUCAGGUGAUCCGAAUAACGGGGUUGAUACAGCAGAGAUUCAGGCAUGGAUAUUGAUAGCAACCUAUGAGUCGAUGCGAACAUUUCAUCGCUCGGCGUGGAUGAGUGCCGGACGUGCCUUUCGUCUUGUGCAAUUGAUGCGCCUACACGAAAUCGAUAGUCCGACAAAACUUCCAGUUCCCGAGGCAGAUCUGAUUGAAACAGAAGAGAAGCGUCGAGUGUUCUGGAUGGCCUAUUUUUUGGAUCAUUUACUAAGUAUGCGUAAUAACUGGCCGAUCACUUUGAACGAACAUGUGAUCUGCACCCGUUUGCCGGCAGCGGAUGCAGACUUUCAGAGCGGCCAACCGGUGCUAGGGGCUUUCCUCUCGGAAGCUAUCAUGGAUGUUAUGCCACAAAAAGCCUCCCCGUUCAAUGAAUGCGUGGUUCUCGCUACAAUAUGUGGCCGUAGCUUAUUCCAUGCCCAGCAAUACAGUGUUCGCUUUGUGUACGGCGAUUUGGCCCCCAACUGGAUCGACCAACACCAAUGGCUUGACAAUGUUCUUACGAAUCGACUUCAGAUUCUUUCCCAGUACUACCCCUCUCCGGCUCAAAUAUGCGAUCCGCUAAUCUCCUUCGCACAUAUCAUGGGACAGGCGAGUGUAAUUCAUUUAUAUAAGGGAAUUGAAUCUGCUGUGUGGACAGUUGACAAAGAAGCCUGGGUGCUUGAAUAUCAACGGCGAGCAUUUAGUGCCGCACAAGAAAUUGUCAAACUGGCAAAAGGAUUAACAGAGUUCAAUUUCUUCAAGGUAUACCAGAAUGCAUCCACAAAUAUUUCAUUUAUCGCGGAGAGGCUGGUUAACGAGUUUUCAGAUUCACCCCCUCAUGCCCAUUCCAUUAUUGCUCUGUGCGGAGUUCCUUUACGGCAAUCGUGGCUCAGAUGGGGCUUUCAAUUCGCUACUUCAAGAGCUUCUACAGAUCUUCCGGGAGCUCAAGAAUGCCAACGACCCGAGUCAAAGUUAUAUAGAUUUGUUAGAACUUUCAUGUACCAACGCAUCCAUAGGACUUGUCAGGGAGAGCUCUUCUGCUCCAUGAUGAUAACUUGA